AGGUUAGGAAGCCAUGGAAGGAUUGAAUGUGGCACAAUAGGAGCGAUGCUAACACAGGUGAUAUCCAGAGGGAUUUGUUGUUAACUCCAGCUGCUGGGAGGUCAAGAGGUCACACACCUCUGUGAAGCACUGCUGAAAACAAAUGCCCUGCUGUCAUGCCUCCCGAGACAUUGCACCAUCUUUCAAGGUUAAUGGCUCAAACUCUGCUAAGUCUCCUGCUUGUAAUUGCUGGCUGGCCUUUUAUUACAUUACUCAGGGGUGCUGUCCGAGGAUUAGAAGCAUCUCACUCUGACCUUUACCCCACCUUUUUAAGGAAUGACACAGUAUUUGAGCACCUUGCCCUGCAUCCUGACCCUGCUGUGGGUUGGGUCUAUGUUGGAGCUCGAGAUCAUCUGUUCCAGUUAUAUCCAUCACUCCAACCUAAGCUUCAGGAGCACACUGGGCCUGUCACAGACAGCCAGGACUGUUUGCCACCUGUAACAGAGAGCAACUGCCCCCAAGCAAGGGAGACUAACAACCACAACAAGCUCCUUCUGGUUAAUCCAUAUGCUGAGGAACUUAUUACCUGUGGGAGUGUUAACCAGGGCAUCUGCCAGAAGCGUGACCUGAAUUCCAUUAAUAUAGUACGUUUCUCCACUGAGAGGCCAGUGGAUACCCAGUACGUGGCAGCCAACCACCCCAAUGUUAGUACAGUUGGACUCGUGGUUCGGUCUCAUCCUGACAGACAACCAAUGCUGUUUGUAGGUCGUGGUUACACAAACAGCCACCCACCUAUUUCCACAAGAAACCUUGGCCAGGAGCCCAUCUUUUCCUACGAGGAGACUGCAAAGUUAGCCGUUGCAGGCCGUCUCUCUGAAUAUGACCAUCAUUUUGUGGAUGCAUUCGCCCAUCGUCGCCAUGUGUACUUCCUCUUCUACAGACGUGACCUGAAGUCACAGUCAAGGGAGUACCGUACCUACAUCUCACGUGUAUGUUUGGAUGACCAGGCCUAUUACUCGUAUGUGGAAGUACCGCUAACUUGUCGUUCCACGGCGGGUAAAACCUACAACCUCCUGCAAGCUCUCCAGCUAGGGUUCUCCAAGGAUGGUACUGAGAGUCCAGACUCUGAGAUUCUUCUUGGAGUCUUCUCCACUCACCUGGCUUCAUCGUCCCGACCCAGUGAGGACUCUUCUCUUUGCAUGUUUUACCUUGAGGAUGUGGACCGGAGGAUCGAUUUCACCAGAGACCUGUGCUACACCCAGAUGGGUAAAGAGGGAGCGGCAGAGGCAGCCUACAUUGAAUAUGAAGUCAAGUCCAAUUGUGCCAACCUUCCAGAGAACACCUUGGGGGCCUACCCCUGUGGUUCUGACCACACUCCCAGCCCCAUGGCCAGUUGGGUCGCCGUUGAAGCGAAGACGAUAUUGGAAAGCCCAUCGGCCCGUUUCACCGCUGUGGCCGUCAGCGUGAGGCCGGGACAUACCAUCGCCUUCCUGGGAGACUCCAAGGGGAAUUUGCACAAGGUGUUCCUUGGUCCAAAUGGUGAGGUGGAGGAGUACUCAGUGGUCUCCAUACAGCAGAAAACUGCCAUCAGCUCUGAUCUCAUGCUGGACCAGGAAGAAGAGCACCUCUUCAUCAUGACUCAGAACAUGCUGCAGAAGAGGCCUGUGGCUGAAUGCCAGCAGCACCCAGACUGUCAGUCCUGUCUGAAGACCCACGACCCCUACUGUGGCUGGUGUGUCCUGGAGGGAAGAUGUGUGUUGGAAUCUCAGUGCAGUCGUGGGAACCAGCCGGGCCAGUGGUUGUGGAGCUUUGACAUAGAUCAGCAGUGUUUGUCUGUGCAGGACCUGAACCCUUUCAACAUCAGCAGGGAGGAGAGCAGGAUGGUGUCCCUGUCUAUCCCAGGACUCCCAGUCUUAGAAAAGGAUGAGUCCUACUCCUGCUUCUUCCAGCACAGCCGCAGUCCUGCCACCCUCACUGAAACUGGACUCAGCUGCCAGUCUCCUGACUCCAGUGGCCUGCCCUCGGUGCCUCCCGGACAGGACUCAGUCAUCCUCACUUUGUCAGUUCGCUUUGGAGACGUCACGGUCACGUCCAGAGAUUUCACCUUGUACGACUGCACCGCCGUCAAACAGCUGUCAGGCAGCACGCCCUGCCGGGGGUGUGUUCUGAGCAAGUGGGGCUGUAACUGGUGUGUUCACCAACACUUGUGUACCCACAAGCCCAUCUGUGAGGAUGGAGUGAUCAUCUACAACCAACAUUUUAAACUCCCUACCUCACCUCCUCCCACCACCAAAACUCUUAAAGUCGUCACAUCUACAACUCCUGUUCCGACAACAUCAGCUUCCCUCAUUACAACAACUGUUGUCACCAUAGCAACCACCUCAGAGCCACCAACCUCUCCCCCCGGUGCAGAGCCGACCACUCGACCUUCCGUUCAGCCCCCCAGCACCCCCCCACCCCCCAGCACAACCAGCAGGACGGAGGAUGCCACUGCGGCAUGGGAGCAGGUUGUCGUCACCCAGAGAGGACCUGAAGAUUCUGCGGUCACACUCAGCGUUGCUAUGGCAACAGCAAAGGCAACACCCGUCACCGGGGCCGACGGUCUGAGCGGAGAUCUCGAGCCAGUCAUGCCCUUGUUGAUCUCAGAUACCCCCACCUUGGAGGUGGUGACGGGCUCACCUCACAACGACGCUCAGGAAGUGGAGGGGGCCCUGAGCCUGGAAGAGCCCCUGACCUUGGCCUCGUCUAACUUCCCCCUGCCCACACCCUUCUUUGAAGAUGAAGCAGCUGACUCCAGGCCCCCUCUCAACCUGGACCUGACCCAGAUCCCCACACUGCUGGCCUCCACGAGUGAGGCGGGGGGCACCGCCUCCCCAGUCCUGCUGUGGUCAGAAGCUGAGAGCCUGGCUGAGGGAGCUGCAGAAAAUGACACAGCUAUGUUCUCAGCCCCCACAGUGCUCUCAGGUGAUGGGGAAGUGGAACAUGAACCCCCCUCUUACACACAAAUGAUGGAGCCGGACUCAGAACCAGAAAUAGAUUACCAGAAUGAUCAGGCUGAUAGUUUUCUCCCGGGUGAUGAAGGUUCUUACAUCAGCUGGGGUUCUUCAGCUUGUCCCUGUGUGGAGAAGGUCCAGGGUUCUGCUCUGCUCCCUGUCCGGAUCAAGAGGAAGAUCACUUUACUGGCUCGCAACCUCCAUCUCUACCAGGAUCCAAAGUUGGAGUACGAGUGUGUUCUGGUUAUUGAGGGUCAGACGGUUCUGGUGGACGCCUACGUGGAACCUGACUACAUAAAUCCAUCAAAUUUCUACAUCACCUGCCAGCUGCACCAGUACUCAUACUCGGCUCCUGUGGAAGAAUACAAUGCCAUGGUUUAUAUUAAGAGGAGGAACACGUUUCAUGUGGACAGCUCUCCACAUCUCUAUGUCACCCUGUACAACUGUUCUGUGGGUCGAUCCGACUGCAGUCGCUGCCACACGGCAGAUCAGAAGUACAGCUGUGUGUGGUGCGGUGGUGCCCAUGCCAGAUGUGUGUAUUCAGGGUCCUGCAGUGAGCAUGUACAAUACACAUGCCCGGCCCCCGUUAUACUCUCUAUUGAGCCUCUUUCUGGCCUUUUAGAAGGAGGCACCUUGGUGACGAUCUCAGGCUCUAACCUGGGUCAGAAGGUUGAAGACAUCCUCCAGUCUGUGAUGGUAGCUGGGGUUCCCUGUUCUGUGGUCCCAGAAUUGUAUGAAGUCUCCUCCAGGAUUGUGUGCAGAACUGAGCCCAGUGGUGAAAGGAAGCAGGACUUGGUGUCAGUGACAGUGAGCAGAGGAGAGUUGGGCUGGUCCACACAGAAAUUCUGCUACCAGGAUCCAGUUGUAACGGCAGUGUCACCUGUCAGGGGUCCAAAGGCAGGAGGAACAACCCUAAACAUCACGGGUCAAAACCUGCUUACGGGCCGGCCCUCUGACCUCAGGGUCAGUGUGGGAGGUGUCCCCUGUACGAUUGUGUCAGGAGUGCAGAGCUCCUGUGUUCAGUGUGUGACCGGCAGCAGUAACCGGACCGGACUUUUCCAAGUCGUGCUUCAUUACAGCAGCACCAAACAUCUCAACGCUUCUUCCUACAACUACACCCAGAACCCCAACAUCAUCCAGGCCUUCCCCGCCACAAGCUUCUUCAGUGGCGGUCGGAUGAUCUCUGUAUCUGGGAACAACUUGGAUGUGGUGCAGCAGCCACUCAUGGUGGUGAGUGUCUUUCCCCAUGAGUCCAGCAGUCCAAAAAGGAGGAGGAAGAGGGGGGUCCAACAGCAGAGGGAGGAGAGGCAGAGGACCCCCCAAAAGCUGGCCAGGGUGGUUCCUGAAUCUGUCUGCUGCAGAGAGCCCUUCUGCUCAGGCCAACAGUUUCAGGAGCGAUGCGAGGUGAACUCUUCCUCUCUCAUAUUGUGCCGCUCCCCCACGGUGAACUCAUCCAUCCUGCGGUCAAAGUUCACAGUCCAGUUUCUGCUCGACAACCUGUGCUUUGACUUCAGUGCUCUGAACCCUCAGACCUUCAGCUACGAGCCCGACCCGGUUUUGCAGCCCCUGAACCAGCUGGAACCCAUGAAGGCAUAUCACUAUAACCCCGGCAGCUUCAUACAGCUGGAGGGGGACAACCUGGACCUGGCCAUCACUAAAGAGGAAGUGAUGGUGUUGAUAGGGGAAGGGGUGUGUGCCGUGAAGACCCUGACCAGAAACCAUCUGUACUGUGAGCCCCCCCCUCAGCAACCUGCUGCAGGUCCAAACUGCAGGAAGUGUGAGGGCUCUGACCAGCUUCCUGAGUUCACUGUACAAAUGGGCCACCUGAACUUCUCUCUGGGCAAGGUUCAGUAUGACAGCCUGAUCCCGUCCACCUUCCCUCUGGAGGCUCAGAUUGGAGUCGGCAUCGGGGCGUCUAUCGUUGCCCUUAUUGUCCUCAUCAUUGUGCUCAUCUACAGGAGGAAGAGUAAGCAGGCUCUUCGAGAUUACAAGAAGGUCCAGAUCCAACUGGAGAACCUGGAGACCAGCGUGAGAGACCGCUGCAAGAAAGAGUUCACAGACUUGAUGACAGAGAUGAUGGACAUGUCCAGUGACUUGGUGGGCUCGGGAAUUCCCUUCCUUGACUACCGGAUGUAUGCAGAGCGCAUUUUUUUCCCCGGGCACCGGGAGUCUCCCCUGAGGCGUGAUCUGGACGUUCAGGAGUGUCGGCGACAGACGGUGGAGCAGGGCCUGGUGCAGCUGUCAAACCUGCUCAACAGUAAACUCUUCCUCACAAAGUUCAUUCACACCCUGGAGAGCCAGCGGACCUUCUCUCCCCGGGACCGGGCCUAUGUAGCCUCCCUGCUGACUGUGGCACUUCAUGGCAAACUGGAAUACUUCAGCGAUAUUCUCAAGACUCUGCUGAACGACCUGGUCGAACAGUACGUGGCCAAGAACCCCAAACUGAUGCUACGAAGAACUGAAACAGUGGUGGAGAAGCUGCUGACAAACUGGAUGUCCAUCUGUCUCUACACGUUCCUUCGGGACUCAGCCGGUGAGUCUCUGUACAUGCUGUUCAGGGCCAUAAAACACCAGGUUGAUAAGGGCCCGGUGGAUGCUGUAACAGGAAAGGCCAAGUACACCCUGAAUGACAACCGUCUGCUGCGAGAGGAUGUGGAGUACAAGACCCUGACGCUAAAUGUGUUGGUGCAAGGUGGGGGUGUAAGCGAGAACCAGCCACUGCCCACCAAGGUGCUGGACUGUGAUACCAUCACUCAGGUGAAGGAGAAGCUCCUGGAUCAAGUGUACAAGAGCACCUCCUUCUCUCAUCGGCCCCACACCGACUCACUGGACCUGGAGUGGAGGUCUGGUGUCGGAGGUCAUCUUAUCCUGUCGGAUGAAGAUUUAACGUCUGUGGUUCAGGGCAGCUGGAAACGCCUGAACACCCUGCAGCAUUACAAGGUCCCAGAUGGUGCUACAGUAGCUCUUGUUUCUCGCCACACCAAAAGUAUCCACCACGACAACCACGACUACAUGGCUGGAGAAAAGACUCCGAUGCUGGAGGACGCCGAUGAAGGAGGAGUGAAGCUGUGGCACCUGGUGAAAGCCAGCGAGGAGCCUGAGCUGCCCAAACACCGCCGAGGGAGCCUGAGGGAGAGGGCCAAGGCCAUCCCCGAGAUCUACCUGACCCGCCUGCUCUCCAUGAAGGGGACGCUGCAGAAGUUUGUAGAUGACCUGUUCACAGUGAUCCUCAGCACCAGCCGACCUGUCCCACUGGCUGUAAAAUAUUUCUUUGACCUGCUGGAUGAGCAGGCGGGACAACACAACAUCAGCGACCCAGAGACCAUCCACAUCUGGAAGACCAACAGCCUCCCUCUGCGGUUCUGGAUCAACAUCCUGAAGAACCCUCAGUUUAUCUUUGACGUCCAGGUGUCGGACCACGUGGACGCCGUGCUGUCUGUCAUCGCUCAGACCUUCAUGGACUCGUGCACCAUUGCAGAGCACAAACUGGGCCGGGACUCUCCCAUCAACAAGCUGCUGUACGCCAGAGACAUCCCCCGCUACAAACAGAUGGUGGAAAGGUACUACGCCGACAUCAGACAAACGAUAUCGGCCAGUGAUCAGGAGAUGAACUCGGCUCUGGCAGAACUGUCCAGGAACUACUCUGGAGAACUCAACUACCUGGUUGCUCUGCACGAGCUCUACAAAUACAUCAACAAGUACUACGAUCAGAGCACCUCCACGUUUUUUGCAUCCUCUGCCCUGCCUCUUAUGCCCAUGGACAGGUAA